AUGGGAACAACACAGACUCACAUCCACACAGUUCAGAAGGCUGGCUUCCUGCUGAGAGCCAUGCUGCUCUCUCUUCUGCUGUGUGGCCCGCAGCAAGUUGCAUCAGACUCAGAUGAGGCGAUACUGACUGAGUGGGAUAUCUGGAAAGACAGUCAUGGCGUCGCUUAUGAUAAAAGGGAGGAGAUUGAAAGGAAGGCCAUCUGGGAGGACAACAAGCGACUAAUUGAAGACAAUAAUCAGGGUUUUUUAAUGGGCAUGAGGCCAUUUACUAUGUCUAUGAACAAAUAUGGAGACCUGACAACACAAGAAUACCAAGUUUUGCAAGGUGCCCUGAUAAACGCACAGUUCGUGAAGAGAGGGAAGGCCGUCUCAGCCCGAAGAUUGCGUGACAAUGCUAGGAAGUUUGACUCUUGGUUUAUCGACUACAGGAACUUGGGUUAUGUCACUGAGGUGAAAGAUCAGGGUUACUGUGGCUCAUGCUGGGCCUUCAGCACAACAGGAGCUAUAGAGGGACAACUAUACAAGAGGACGGGUCAGCUUAUAUCCUUAAGUGAGCAAAACUUGGUGGACUGCUCCAGAUCUUACGGUACCUAUGGCUGCAGUGGUGCCUGGAUGGCCAACGCCUACGACUACGUGGUGAACAAUGGGCUGCAGUCGACACGCACCUACCCAUACACCUCAUUGGAUAACCAGCCUUGUUUUUUCAACAGCAGACUUGCAGUUGCCCAUAUUAAAGACUACCGGUUCAUACCCAAAGGAGAUGAGCAGGCUCUGGCUGAUGCUGUGGCAACUAUUGGGCCAAUUACAGUAGCCGUUGAUGCAAAUCAUGCAAGCUUCCUGUUCUACAGUUCAGGAAUAUAUGAUGAGCCCGACUGUAACCCCAACAAUCUGAGUCACGCAGUGCUGCUGGUUGGCUAUGGCUCUGAAGGAGGCCAAGACUAUUGGAUCUUAAAAAACAGUUGGGGUACCAGCUGGGGUGAAGGUGGCUUCAUGCGAAUGGUCCGGGAUGGCACAAACACUUGUGGCAUUGCAAGCUAUGCCUUGUACCCUAUUCUGUGA